GGUAGAUGUGGUGUGGGUGCAUAGGCUCUCAGUGUAUCCUAGCUUAGAGAUAACGUAAUGUUUGAUUAACUGUCUGAAUUUAAACGCAGACAUAUAUGUCUCCAAAUAUGAAGGUAAUGUAUGUGUGGAGGUCGUUGUGACCUACUUGCACUUGGUGAGGAUUUCGAGAGGAUAUACAGUACAGUGGUUGACGUGUUAAUGGUGGACAGGAAAUUUCAUGCAAAACAAUAGAACGUUCGGGAGGAUCGAAAACACCUAGUGCAUAGGCAGCAGACGAGUGACUAGAUUACGACUUGCAGGUUUCCGUCGAGACAGUCAAUUUUCAACGUUAUUUUACGGGAACGUUUUUAAGAUCUGUGUGGAAUAUUUUGAUUUCACGAUGGACGAAGGACGGUAUGGACAGGUCAGGAGACAGGAAGACCGACACCGAAAAUUUGUGUGUAUCAUUAACGACAUUCUCAAAACAAAAACUGACGUUUACGAGAGCUGCUUGUCUCGCGAGAAGUACGAGACGUCGUUCAAGUAUGUGAAGAACGCCAUGACAGUCCGGAGAGCCUUGGUGAGACAGAAGGUUCUACAGAAAUGCCUGGAGAUGAGGAGAAGGAGGACUGAUGGAGGGAUGUUUGGGAGGUACGACGGAGCCAGCCUCCACUCGAUGUCCCGCGACGUGGAGUCCUAUAUUGCGUCCAAGCAUCCUAAAGUCAGACGGCUGCAGAAGGUGCAGAAACUGCUGCAGGACAGUGUUGAUAGCGGCGCCAUUUUAGAUACAGACGCCAUGAAUGGGAAGGUUGAGGAAUUCUUUCGAAAACGUAUCGAGGACAUGGAGAAUAAGAAGAUGACGAGACGUGCCGGAAAGCCUGGUGCUGUGGACAACGUAGGUGCAGAAACAAGGGGCGAUGCUUCUAUUCAGAUGAAUGUCAAGGGCAAAAUACAAAAGGUCAAGAUUACUCCACUUCCGGAGCUGAAAGUCAAGGACAAAUUAAUUGACCUUGAUACUGGUGAUAAACGUUUUAUUAGGGAGAUCAUAUCCUCGUCAGACACGGAUACCAAUCCAUUUGUGCUCAAGAGGAGGCCCACAUUAGUUCUACCGCCCAUUACAUCAAGCAAAGCACUAGCUCAAUACUGACGAUUGGCUAAAAUAAUUUAAUGAAACUGUGAACUCCAAAAAGCAAGGUCAGUAUUUUGAAACACAUGAAAGACGAUUCUCUGUGGUAUACAUAUAGAACUUUACAUCCAGGUGAUUGUCAUUCGGUGCCGGUCAUAACGAACUAUGCCAAAAGUCCCCUGUGGUUUUUGCUUAUUUAUUUUCAAUUAAAAGUAUACAGGUAACGAAUUAACAAACUGAUUUGAAUUCGUUAUAACCAUGAGUCAAUAUAUUGUUUUACAUGUAAAUCUUUUAAGUAGAAUCUGUAAUGUCACAAAUGUUGGAUAGUCUCAUUUGAUAUUAUUAUUAUUAUUAUUAUUAUUAUUAUUAUUAUUAUUAUUAUUAUUAUUAUUAUUAUUAUUAUUACCUUGGAAACUACGUGGAAACUGUGAAACAGAUGUAUGAAAUAAAAUAUUACUUCAAAACAA